AAAUGCCCAAAGUCUUAUAAGUCUGCUACCUUCUUGGAUUAUGCCAAUAAAGCCAUCCCCACAUCAUUCAUGGCCAAGUCUGCCUAAAACUUUCUUCUGCAUCACAAUCUUUACCAACUGAAACCAUGGCGUUAAGGUUGAGUUCUAAGAGCAAAACAUGCCACUACAGUGGCAGAGUCACACCCCUUGUGAUCCUCUCUUGCAUGGUUGCAGCGACAGGAGGAAUUCUCUUCGGCUACGACCUCGGGAUCUCAGGUGGGGUGACUUCGAUGGAGCCUUUUUUAGAGAAGUUCUUUCCAAAGGUGCAUGCCAAGAUGAGAGGGGACUCACGUAAUAGCAAUUACUGCAUGUUCGACAGCCAGCUCCUAACGGCAUUCACAUCAUCGCUAUAUAUUGCGGGCCUCUUUGCAUCAUUGUGUGCUUCAUGGGUCACACAUGGAUUUGGCCGCAGGAGAUCCAUGCUUCUCGGCGGGGCCUCUUUCUUGGCUGGAGCUGCCGUCGGCGGCCUCGCACUUAACAUUUACAUGCUCAUCAUAGGCCGGAUCCUGCUCGGAAUCGGCAUCGGUUUCACUAAUCAGUCUGUUCCAUUAUACCUCUCAGAAUUGGCUCCACCACGCUACCGCGGAUUACUCAACAAUGCAUUUGAGGUCUUUGUUGGGUUGGGAGUCCUCUUUGCAAAUCUCAUCAACUAUGGAACUCAAAAGAUACACUCAGACUGGAGUUGGCGAACCUCCCUCCUCCUAGCUUUGGUUCCAGCAGCCUCUUUAACUCUUGGCACUCUCUUCCUCCCGGAAACCCCUAAUAGCCUCCUCCAACGCAAUGAGAACCUCCAAGAGGCAGCAGAGAUACUCAAGAAAAUGCGAGGCACCGCCGACGUGCAAGACGAGCUCAACGACAUGAUUGCAGCGGCCAACAUUUCAAAGACCGUUCGCCAUCCAUUUCAUACUAUCAUGCAACGUAAGUAUCGACCGCAGCUCGUAAUGGCGAUCGCGAUCCCGUUCUUCCAGCAAGCGACGGGAAUUAACGUGAUAACCUUCUAUGCCCCGGUCAUCUUUCGGAUUAUCGGUCUUGGAGAGAGCUCUUCCCUCAUGUCGACGGCGAUCACCGGAGUGGCUGGUACCGGUACGGUCAUCGUGGCGAUGAUGAUGGUUGAUAAAUUCGGCCGGCGUGCGUUGUUUCUUAUUGGAGGAGUUCAAAUGAUUGUCGCCCAUGUAAUGGUGGGUGCAAUAAUGUUGACACAGCUUGGAGACUCAGGUGGAAUGAGCAGAGCCUAUGCAUACAUGGUCUUGGCUCUGUCAUGCGCAUUCGUUGCUGGUUUUGGGCUGUCUUGGGGACCAUUAGGAUGGCUAGUACCGAGUGAGAUAUUUCCAUUGGAGAUUAGAUCGGUAGGGCAGAGCAUUGUGGUAGCAGUGGGCUUACUAUUUGCCUUCAUUCUAGCUCAAGCCUUACUUACAAUGCUCUGCCAUCUCAAGUCUGGGGUUUUCUUUUUCUUUGGAGGGUGGGUUUUAGUGAUGACCAUAUUUGUUUAUCUGCUGCUGCCGGAGACAAAGAAUCAACCUAUCGAGCAAAUGGAUAGAGUGUGGAGGGAGCAUUGGUUUUGGAAGAAGGUUAUUACUGAUGCUGAAGAGAGAAGAAACAUGGAUGCGACUGAUAUUGUAACAAACUCACAUCUGUGAGAUAAUUCUCGAUGUAUCCCAACAAAUCUUUAGCAAGAUCUGUUCAUUUACCAUCAUCGCCGAUUGAAAAAGAAAAAAAAAUUGCAUUAUUUUUCGCGUUCA